AUGCCUCAGAAGGCAGGUCCUGCCCUCCCUGCUCUGCUGGAAGAAGGCAUACCUUCAGAUAGCUAUUCGUCAUUCCUAUCACCAAUAGCUGCAGAGACAGAAUCUGAGGGGUCUGCUCAAGAGGGUUACCUGGAGGAGCCCUGCCCUGAGGGAGAGUCUUGUGAGGCAGAUGCUGUGGCUGGUGUCACUGCUGAAGAUCAGGAGUCUGCAGCAAGUGAAAUCCCAAAUGAAAUUAUUGGCAACCUGGAGGCAGAGAUAAAUGAAAGGCUGCAAAUGCAAGAAGAAGCUUACACUUUGAGAACAGAGAAAUUAAAAAGUCCUAAAUAG